CACGUCCACACACCACAGACCACACGCACGGUACAGCCUCUCCGCAGCUGCAGGUGCAUGCUGUUCUCCGACGAGACCCCAAGAACUCGCCAACCUAUCCCAAUUCCCAGCCACCCUUCCCUCUUUCACAAUGCUGGCCUCCGCCGCCACCGUCAAGCCCUCCACCGCCGCGGCCGCGGCCACCUGCAAGGCGGCCUUCAAGCCGCUCCACCUCCCUCCCCUCCCCGCCGCCGCCGGCCUCAGGCCGCUCUCCCUCUCCGUCUCCGCGCGCCCGCUGUACCGUCAGGAGCAUGUCCUGGCAUCCGUGGCGGUGGCGGCGGCUGGGCGCAACGAACGCGCCACGUCCCCCGCGCCGCCGUCCGCCACCGCUGACGGCGCCCGGCCGCUGGAGGUCGCCGCGCCGGCGGAGACGGGUCGGCGCGCCAAGAUCGGGGUCUACUUCGCCACGUGGUGGGCGCUGAACGUUAUCUUCAACAUCUACAACAAGAAGGUCCUCAACGCGUUCCCGUACCCGUGGCUCACGUCGACGCUCUCCCUCGCCGCCGGCUCCGCCAUCAUGCUCGCGUCCUGGGCCACCAGGAUCGCCGAGGCGCCCCAGACGGACCUCGAUUUCUGGAAGGCGCUGACUCCCGUUGCGAUCGCGCACACGAUCGGGCACGUGGCGGCGACGGUGAGCAUGGCCAAGGUGGCCGUGUCGUUCACGCACAUCAUCAAGAGCGGGGAGCCGGCAUUCAGCGUGCUCGUCUCCAGGUUCUUCCUCGGCGAGCACUUCCCGGCGCCGGUCUACUUCUCCCUCCUCCCCAUCAUCGGCGGAUGCGCGCUCGCCGCCGUCACCGAGCUCAACUUCAACAUGGUUGGAUUCAUGGGGGCAAUGAUCUCCAACCUGGCAUUCGUCGUCCGGACCAUCUUCUCCAAGAAGGGGAUGAAGGGCAAGUCCGUGAGCGGGAUGAACUACUACGCCUGCCUCUCCAUCAUGUCGCUGGUGAUCCUCCUGCCCUUCGCCGUCGCCAUGGAGGGGCCCAAGGUGUGGGCAGCGGGCUGGCAGACAGCAGUCGCCGAGAUCGGUCCCAACUUCGUCUGGUGGGUGGCGGCGCAGAGCGUGUUCUACCACCUGUACAACCAGGUGUCCUACAUGUCCCUGGACGAGAUCUCGCCCCUCACCUUCUCCAUCGGCAACACCAUGAAGCGCAUCUCCGUCAUCGUCGCGUCCAUCAUCAUCUUCCAGACGCCCGUCCAGCCCAUCAACGCGCUCGGGGCCGCCAUCGCCAUCCUCGGAACCUUCAUCUACUCCCAGGCCAAGCAGUAGCCGCCCUUGGCGCGCGCGUCUGGCUCUCAGGCCUCAGUUCAGUUCACCGCCGAAUCAGCUCGGCGCUCGAAGAUAUAACAGAUUAUAUAACUUUUGAGGAUAUCUACCUAGCUUGUAUAAUAGUAUUAUUACUAGAUCCUCUCUUCUUUUUUUCGUAUUUUCUUUUUUCCUAGGACUAGCUUAUUACUAGAUCAUUUCGUCGUCGUGUUUUCACUAUGACUAUGAUGGCGUAGAGAGAGAGAGAGAGAUGGAUCCAUCUAAAUAAAAAAAAAGGUACCGGA